CGUAAUGCUACCGAGUCCAGGCAAUACGGCGCAUCUCGUCCGGUCGCUCGCCCUACCUGCACUCGUACUCACAGCCCCGACGCAACCCGCAUCCCCAUUGGCCGCACAAUGGUCAAGCCGCUGACCUUCAAGGGCGACAAAAAGACCAAGAAGCGGAAGCGCGCCGCUGCGGAUCGCGCCGACGACGAGCCCGGCGAGUCCAGCAGGCAGCAGAAGCAGCAGAAGCAGCUUGACGAGCGUCGCGACAAUGACGACGACCAGCCCAACGACGACAGCUGGGUGUCUGCCGAUGCCGUCGGCGAUGUCGUCGGGCCUGUCAUGAUUGUCCUGCCUACGGACAAGCCGUCUGCCCUCGCCUGCGACCCCAGCGGCAAGGUGUUUGCGCUGCCGAUUGAGAACAUCGUCGACAACAACCCGACGAGCGCGGAGCCCCAUGAUGUCCGGCAGGUUUGGGUAGCGAACCGCGUUGCCGGCACGGAAAACUUUCGCUUCAAGGGGCACCACGGAAGAUAUCUCGCCUGCGACAAGAUUGGCCUGCUCUCGGCCACCUCAGAAGCCGUUUCCCCUCUGGAAUCGUUCAACAUCAUCGCCACCGCAGACACACCAGGGACGUUCCAGAUCCAGACGCUGCGCGACACUUUACUCACCAUCAAGCCGUCGACAUCGUCCAGGCCGAAUGCGCCGCCCGCCGAGGUCCGUGGCGACGCCGAUGCCAUCACAUUCAACACGACGCUGCGUAUCCGCAUGCAGGCCCGGUUUAAGCCCCGCUUGAGGACGUCCAAGGAGGAGCGCGAAAAGUCCAAGAUUAGCCGCCGCGAGCUGGAGGACGCUGCUGGGCGGAGACUGGACGAGGAUGAGGUGCGGAUGCUCAAGAGGGCCAAGAGGGAGGGCGACUAUCAUGAGCGGCUGUUGGAGAUUAAGGUGAAGAACAAGCAUGACAAAUUCGGUUGAAGUAACAAGGGGAUUGCGUGCAAGGAAAUGGCUGUCGAAUGGGAGCUGGAGGGAGAAGCAUCUGAUUAGUGGCAUUUACACCUUCUGCUGGGCCUGUAUUGCUCUCCAUAUCCGGUGGAAGGGGGCGAAUCAGCUACGGUGGACCUGAAUCAAGUGGUCUUUUCUAUCCGCCACCUCGGGGCCAUGUCAAGGGACUAAUCAGGCACUGAACAAGAGCAGCUACGGACCAAGAGCUCAAGACGCGUCUCUUCAGUAGAGUCAAUCAGCAUGAUUGUCUACUGCAUUUCAUACUGCAACAGCGACCAGGUCUUUUGUUACAAGCAACAAUCUACAAGCAUUUUGAGGUCACGGUCAAGAUGAGUAAUGGCCAUCACGAAUUUGGCUUUUGCAACUUGCUUUGAAUGUAUAUUGGUGCCGGCAAAAAAAGGGGAGGGAGGAGGAUAUUUCAGGUUUACGAAAAACACUUCCACCGAAUAGGAACCUCUACCGUAUAUAUAGAAUCAAAAUAAAAACCCUUCCCCCG